CAUCAGAACUUCAACCUCGACCUAUUUAAUGUCGUGCAAUCACUGAAAAUCUACACUUUAUGAUCUACUACCUAGCAGAAGCUGGGCAUGAGCACUUGUGAAGGCACACUCAGGCCUCUCAAACAUCUCUUUCCUCACAGUUUGAUGAAAAUCCAGGUUGGCAGUUGCCAAGAUGGAGCUUCGCGUCAACGCGCCCCGAGGCUUAAGAGCGUUCAAUGGCCUUCAGCUUGGGCUGAGCUGAAAAUUGGGCAAAUUGGCCUUUCAUUCUGCAAGCGUUCCGUCACCAUCCACAUGUUUGCGCCCAUCCCCAAAGUCGUUGUCGUCCUCGAGAGAGCUUGAAUUGUCUGGCCAAUCCAUCCUCGGGACCGACAACCCUUGUCUUCCAUCAGGCAAAAUCGCCUUAGCAGGGCCACACUUGGAUCACUGUCAGCAGGAUGAACUCUGAAAGGUCUACACUCUGCCGGGAUGUCUGUUCUUCAUCGAAGGAAUGGGUGGAAUGGAGGGAUGUAUCUUGCGGUCUGCCAAUGCCGUCUAUGCUUGCCAACUUGGCCCUGUCGACUGGGAGGGACAUUUGGGGAGAUAUGGCACCUCCACCCGAGUCGCUAUUGGUCAGUCAACUCCAAUUUUGUUUCUUUACUCACCCUGGAGCAUCCCUACUCCGAUCGCUUGGCAGUGUCCACAUGUGGUCGGCUCCCACGCUCCGCAUCUCAUCAACUUGUUGCUGUGGGUAUCUGCGUCUGCAUCUACGUGUGCGUCCCCAUGUUCUGCCCAUGUACAUCUGCUGGGGGCUUUCGCAAUUCCUUUUGUAUAUUGCAUACAGGCCUGCGCAUGCAUCUCGUGUCACUGGUAGACCCGAGCCUGCAUAUUCUAAACCCAGUAAGCAACCUGUUGCUUCCAUGGUACCGCUACAGACUCGACGCUGCGGUUUCCAUUUGCCAAGGCCAACAUUUUCGCUUUGUAGCCAGUCAAUAACCACACCAAUCCAGUC